GGAGGAUUGGUGUUAGCUCUGGGUAGUGGUUGAGUCAUAUUUUCCCGUUUUAAGACCGCCCAGCACUAAAAGGUAUUUGGUGAAAACAAAAAGGCUGUGAUUUUGUGUAUGUGUAUGUGGGGCUUUGUUGCUGCCAGAGAAGAGUGGGAAGGAGUGUGGGAGAGGGGAGCAGUGGCACGGGGCCUGAUUUAUCUUUGAAAUUCACAUUUAUGAAUACAAAGAGAAGAGCUGUCAGCAGCACACAUGCCAAAGCCCAAUUGCAGCCAGAGCUGCCUCUCCCGUCUGGGUAGGCCAGGCACAAAAUGACAUCUUGCAAUCUAGGAAAAUCAACAGAGUGGAACAUAAGAAGACCAGUGAGACAAAGACCAGUCCCGGAAAUAACCAGGUACACUUUAUUGCUAGGGAUUAGAACUUGGAGUUUUAAUGAAUUGAGAGACUGACGGAUUGUGGCCAUUCCAAACCAGAAGACCUAAAGGCAAACCUUAAUACAGGCUGUCUCUGAUAUAAUGUCCUAGUGGGAAAUACGUGUUAGAGAUAUUAACUUCAGCUACCAAGACAUCCAGGAGUCAGAUCCCAGGAAAGGGGCCCUGCUUAGUGGCAGGGACUAAGGAGCCAGUGAGUGCCUCUUACAGUGUGCCAUGCCAGAAUCAGAUUCAAGGCAGGAUCCUGAGCUGCACACCAGGCUCACAUCAUACCAGAGAGACAAUAGUCCCUCUCUAGGUCACUGGUAAGACUGCAACUAAAAAGCUGCAUAUUUUUCUCCACGCUGAAAUCAAAAAGCUGAACAACCAACAGUUAACUGAACUAACAGCUAAGAAAAUGGACUUAGAAUAUAUUAGCUAGAAUAUAUAGGGAUAUCAAUAAUGACUCUCCCCCAGAUUUAACUCAAGAUUUACAUGAGGUAAGUAAAAAUUAAAAGGAAACUUUUCUCACUGUGAAAUUAUGGCCUGGCCAAUCUGGGAUGUUGAUGUUUAAUAAUGAUUAAAAUAAGUGACUGGCCGAGUGGGACACACAGAGAAACAACCUGAACAGCCUAUACUCACUAGAAGAUAGAGCAGGAGUACGUAAAGACAGAAGUCAAGGCACAUAGCUACUUUAAUGUAUGAUCACAGCCCAGACAGCUGCAUAAUGCUUUAUAAUUUACAGUGCCAGUUCACAUAAACUAUUUUAUAUGACCCUCAUCAAAACCAUGUGGAAAGGUCAGAAUGCAUUUUAUUAUCCCCAUUUUACAGAUGAGCAAGUUGAGUUUCUAAGUUACCUCAUCUGUGACUGGGUUUGUCAGUCAUCAGAGUCCUAGUACAGAAAACUUUCUUACAUCAAGAGAUGACAGUUACACAACCCAGUGAAUAAACUUCAACACAUCUUUGUGCUUCUAUGCCUCAGUUUCCCCAGAUGUAAUAUAUGACACUGGGGAAAUCUCUCAUUUUAAGUGAGAGAUUAAGUUGAAAGAAUAUAAAUAUAAGUUGAUACUUAUAGGCAGUUCUGGUUUGAAAGAGGCUCACCAAGCAAUAGUUUUACACUUUAACUCUAAAAGCUAAGACUAAAGUCACAAUGAUGAAAAUAUUCUUAAAUCUGUGAUUAAACAAAGUAUACCGGAUGAGUACCUACAUCAAAGAUCUAACAAUCCUGUUUUUCAAAAUUUGCUUUUGAAAUUUACUACAUUAGAAACCACCUAUGAUCUAAAUCAUUGGCCUAAAUGGGUAUGAUUUAAAAAAUACACGAAACAGGUUAUUUUAAAAUUCUGUUAAUACAUAUUCAUUUUAGACUUUAAAGCACUUUUAUUUAAAUGUCGCUCAAAAUAAAAGUUCCUCAUUUAAAGAAUAUCAGAAAAUCAGCAAGAAAUAACACAUGCCAAUCUCAAUCUAUGUAUAUGCAACAAAUCUGACUGCCAAAAAGGCUGAAUACAAUAGGACACCAAAUGACUUAUGAUAGCUAGAAAAUGGAUUUUUUUUUUUUUGCUAAAUAAACUUUUAAUUUAUGGAGAAAGGCAAAUCCACAACCUGGCUUUAAACUGUGGAAUCAAAGGCAUUAAUUUCUGGACAAAUAUGUAAAUCCUGAGUGGCAAAAUUUUGAGAUACAGUUCAGGGGGAAUUGCAUAUUAGGAUUGCUCAUUCUUUUACUUAAAAUGUAAUAUAAAGUCAAAUGUUUUGCUUUGUCUCUACAGAAAAGCCAGGCAUGUUUAGUCAACUUACUUGAACUGCAUGUCUAGGAAAACAAUUGUUCAUUAGAGAUAUCUGAUGAACAUUCUGCUGGAGGAAAUUUAAUAUUUACUCUCUCGUUAAAAGGGUAAAUAACAUUUGAAAACAGAAGAAAAGUUUCUUUGCUGAAAAUACAGCCAUCAGCUGUUGAGACAUUAACUGUUGCAACUCUAGAAUACAUGUAAGUUUAUUCAUGCAGAUGGUAGAAUUCAAACUUUCAAUGAUCAAACUACAUGCUUUUUCAACCAUAGGCUCUCCGUGCAGGGAUAAACACUGUGAAGAAAUCAAUACCCACUCCAACUUUUCUGCAUACAGUGACUGCCUUAGAUCAAGCACGGUUCCAGGUGCCCAUACUCAUGGGCAAUCUAUGUCACAGGUGCAUGCAGUAAUGCUUACUUCAGAAAGAACUAAACUAAGCCAUCAGGUCAUUCAUUCAUUGCAUAGAGCCGUUGUCCUUUGCAUACACCCCCCAUAUACAUAGCUUUUCCUCUACACGCUGCAUUUCAUCAUCUGCCUGAGUGAACAACGCCUGAAUCCGCUAACUCCUUUUAGAGAGUUCUAAAGAGGGGAGAGGGGAAGGAAGGGAAAUAAACAGUACUCCGGAUCCCAACGAUCUGAGUUUAUUUCCUGGAAACCGGGCAGCCAAAACAACGAGAGAAACAGACGUGUGCAAAGUAAGUUGGUUCUCCGCGUCCUAGGGCCUCCGCCAGGAGCGCGGCUGUUGCUCCCCGGGUCUUCUCCAGCGCCCCUCGGCCACCUCGGCGUCUCCAUCUGCACCGCCAACCAGGCGGCAGAUGCGCUCGCCAGCCAGGCUGAGCCGGGGGAUGGGCCAGAAAGUUGCUGGGAUCGGCGGGAAGCAGACCGUCGCCCGGGAGCCCGCUCCCCAGCGUCCACCUGGUGAAACUCCAGAGCCCCCAGAGGAGAGCACGAAAAGAAGCAACCGCCGGGAAGGAUCACAGAACGGGAAGGGAACACCGGACGGGGCCGGGAGAGACCGGUUUUCCUGGACUCCCCGAAGUGGCUUUACCAAGGGUUCCAGCUCCGUGCAGCCUGCGCUGGACACCGAGGCUUCUUCCAGUUUCCCGAGAAAAGCAAUGUCUCUCUCCCUCCCGCACAGCCCAGCCAGCCCGCGCCCGGAGCGAGGAACAAUGGGUCGCGGAGACAAAAGUUACCUGCGACGAGUGGCGCCCAGCCCGGGGCCCCGGGGCCCACCUGGCACCAACUCUGGGGACAUCUCUCCCUCUGCCCUGUGCCCCUCGACCCCCGGCCGAGAGAGCUUCCCCCCAAGUCCUAGCCUCUGGCCCUGGCGAGGAGCCUCUGCACCCCUCCGGGGCCCGGGCAGGCAUCGGGGCCACUCACCUGCGGAGAACUGGCCGCGGGAAACGGAAACUCUGAACAUUGGCCCUGUUUCUGGCUUUGCUGAACUUCCAGCGGCCCCUCUUCCAGGACUGGCUGAAGAGGCAGGGGACUUUGGAACCCAAGAAAUGUAA